UCCCAACUUCGUUCUGCUCUUGGGAACAACAGCAACAACAAUAACGACGCGGCCAACGACGUCGUUUUGAAGAUUCAAACGAUCUUCGCUUGGUAGCCUCUUCAUUUCUGCGUAAGACACAUUGAAUCUCUCAUUUCAUUUCUUAUUUUCCGAAAAUUGCAACUUUCUCGAGAAAGGUUUGCCAUCGUUUCUAGUUGUUCUUCUGUUUUCCUCUCCAUUUUCCGGGAUGCCAAACAGAUAGCGGGUUUUUGUUUUCUGUUUCAUGUGAAUCUAAAAUUGGGGGUUCUGGUGACAUACUGUGGGUAUUUAGGGCUUGUGGUUGGGUUUAUAUUGGAGGGGAGUGCAUGGGGAAGUUGUUAGGGUUUGUGGAUUGGAUUGGAGUUGUUAGGGCUUGGAAUUGAGGGAAAACGUGUUUGAAUUCCGAAGAAAUUAGGGUUUUUGGAUUUGAUUGAGUGGUGAUUAGGGUUUAUGAUGGUAGAUUGACAAUGGUGCGGCUUUUGGGAUUGAAUCGCGUGGAUGAGUCACCUCGUGAGAUUACGAGAACCAAUCUGACCAGCGAGACUGGUGAGAAUGGGUGGCUCAUUCGAUUUUUUGACUCGUCUUUUUUCUGUGAGUGGAUUGCUGUUAGCUAUUUGUACAAACAUGAUCACCCGGGGGUUCGAGACUACCUCUGUAAUAGAAUGUACACACUUCCGCUCUCGGGCAUCGAGAGCUACCUAUUCCAAAUUUGUUACAUGUUGGUUCACAAGCCAAGCCCAUCUUUGGAUAAGUUUGUCAUCGAUAUGUGCUCCAAGUCACUUCAGAUAGCACUGAAGGUGCAUUGGUUUUUGAUGGCAGAGCUUGAAGACUCCGAUGACAAUGAUGGGAUUAGUAGAAUUCAAGAGAAGUGUCAGAUUGCAGCAACUUUGAUGGGUGAGUGGCCUCCCCUGGUUCGACCUCUUAAUGCACAAACCAGCCCUGGGAGCAAGAGUCUAGUACUUAAUAGGAUACUUUCAUCAAAACAGCGGUUUUUGUCUUUAACAUCGUCACCUCCAACCCACCGUUCUAUAUCCUUCUCACCUUCAUUGGGAAACAGUUUGCAGGAUGAGGGUUGUAAGUCACCUGAUGAGAACACGAUAUUCAAGAAAUUUAUUCCUGGUCCAAAAGUAAGAGAUGCGUUGCUUUUUAGGAAGUCUGUAGAGAAGGAUGAUGAAGAAUUAGAGAAGGAUGGGUUCUUCAAGAGGCUUCUGAGAGAUAGUAAGGAUGAAGACGAGGAGCUGACAUCGAGCUCUGAAGGGUUUUUCAAGAGGUUAUUUCGUGACAGCAAGAGUGAUUCGGAGGAUAAAUCUCUUUCAAAGUCAGUAGAAGAUGAAGAAAAAGAAGGUUUUUUCAAGAAGUUUUUUAAGGAGAAAUUUGAGGACAAGAAGGAUGGGAAUGAUAGAAAUGAUGAGGAAUAUAGGGUGAAUUCUGAAGAAAGAGGUGGUUCAAAAUCUGGCGAAGAUGAUGAAAAAGAAGGGUUCUUUAGAAAAUUUUUUAAGGAGAAAUUUGAAGACAAGAAGGAUGGCAAUGAUAAAAAUGAUGAGGAAGACAGGGUGAAUUCUGAAGAAAAAAUUGGUUCUAGAUCUGCUGAAGAUGAUGAAAAGGAGGGGUUUUUUAGAAAAUUUUUUAAGGAGAAAUUUGAGGAUAAGAAAGAUGGGAAUGAUAGAACUGAAGAUGAAGAGAAGGGGAAUGCAAAUGGUGAGGAAGAGGAUCCUUCAGACUUUUCUUUGUUUCGUAAAUUGUUCCGUGUGCAUCCUGAAGAUGCUAAAGUUUCCCUAGCUAAUGAAAACAGCAAUGGUGGUGGUUUGUUUGAAAGCAGUCCGGGGACAGAGAACUUUUUUCGCAAGCUGUUCAGAGACCGGGAUCGUUCUGUGGAAGAUUCAGAGCUGUAUGGCUCGAAGAGAAACAAAGAGCUUCUAAUUUGGCAGAAGCGUCCUGGCUCACCAAGGCAACGGAAUGAACAAUUGAAUGCCAGGCCUCCACUUCCUAAUAAUGAUGCAUCUUUUCGCAAGGGGACUUAUCAUGAGUCCUUAGACUUUGUGCAAUCAUUGUGUGAUACGUCAUAUGGCUUAGUGGAUAUUUUUCCCAUUGAAGAUCGCAAGAGAGCUCUUCAUGAGUCACUUGGGGAGAUCAAUGCACAUAUUGCUGAUGCUCAAAAUAGUGGAGGAGUGUGCUUUCCAAUGGGGAAGGGUAUGUAUCGCGUGGUUCAUAUACCCGAAGAUGAAGCGGUCCUUUUGAACUCUAGGGAAAAGGCACCUUAUCUUAUCUGUGUUGAAGUUUUGAAAGGUGAAAUGCCAAGUAACACAAAGGAUGCAUCCAGCGCUCAAAAGCUUUCUAGAGGGGGGAUUCCUUUAGCAAAUGGAGAUGCACUAUUGCGAAAGCCACCUCCUUGGGCAUAUCCUUUGUGGACUACACAAGAAGUAUAUCGAAAUAGUAAUGAUAGGAUUUCGAGAUCCACUUCUCAGGCAAUUGAUCAGGCAAUGGCUCAUUUAUGGGAAGCAAAAGUAAAAUUUGUUCAGGUGAGUCUUUCUGUGGAGAAUCGACCAUUUGGCCAGUCAAAGAACAUGGGAUCACUUGAUUUGGAUCCUGGUGUUCGUCGGGGUAGUCGUCGCUCUGCUUCAAGAGAAGAAAAUAAUAAUGAUUUGGAAUGGGUGAGGGUUGUGCUGACUGCAGAUCCUGGGGUUAGCAUGGAAGACAUAGAGGAUCAAGAGCCACCCCGUAGGAAAGAGCAUCGGCGUGUUCCAAGUACAAUAGCUAUAGAGGAAGUAAAGGCGGCUGCUGCAAAAGGAGAAGCUCCACCUGGACUCCCCUUGAAAGGUGCCGGCCAAGAUUCAUCAGACACACAACCAAAGGUUACAAAUGGUGGUGUUCCCAAAGCCAGUGAUGCUCUAUCUGGUGAACUUUGGGAGGUAAAGAAAGAGAGGAUUUGCAAAGCUUCAGUGUAUGGAAAGUUACCUGGUUGGGACUUGCGUUCUGUUAUCGUGAAGAGUGGAGAUGAUUGUAGGCAGGAGCAUCUUGCCGUGCAACUUAUUUCUCAUUUCUAUGAUAUAUUCCAAGAAGCUGGUCUUCCUCUCUGGCUGCGCCCUUACGAAGUCCUUGUUACUUCUUCCUACACAGCUCUCAUUGAAACCAUUCCAGAUACAGCCUCACUUCAUGCUCUCAAAAGUAGAUUUCCCAACAUCACAAGUUUACGUGAUUUUUUCAUAGCCAAGUAUCAAGAAAAUUCUCCAAGCUUUAAGCUUGCCCAGAGGAACUUUGUUGAAAGUAUGGCUGGAUAUUCUCUAGUGUGCUAUCUUCUGCAGGUGAAGGAUCGGCACAAUGGGAACUUGUUGAUGGAUGAAGAAGGUCAUAUAAUACAUAUUGAUUUUGGCUUCAUGCUCUCCAACUCACCUGGUGGUGUGAAUUUUGAGAGUGCACCAUUUAAAUUAACUCGGGAACUUCUUGAGGUCAUGGAUUCUGAUGCUGAGGGAGUUCCAAGCGAGUUCUUUGACUAUUUUAAAGUUCUAUGCAUUCAAGGUUUUCUAACAUGCCGUAAGCAUGCAGAGCGCAUUAUUCUUCUUGUUGAAAUGUUGCAGGAUUCUGGUUUCCCAUGCUUCAAAGGUGGUCCCCGGACAAUACAAAACUUAAGGAAACGAUUCCAUCUGAGUUUAACAGAAGAGCAAUGUGUAUCUUUGGUGCUCUCCCUGAUCAGCAGCAGCUUAGAUGCAUGGCGGACACGGCAGUAUGAUUAUUAUCAGAGGGUUUUAAACGGGAUCUUGUGAGAUUAGGUUCAAUUGUUGGUUACAUGGUCCUGUUGACAAGGCCUACUCAGUGAAGUGAAGCACUUCAAUCAACAUUGCAUUUGUAAAUCACUGUGAUAGAAGACCAGUGGGUUUCACUAUGGGAUGGCUUCAAAGAUUUUUUUUCUUUUGAGGUGAAAAGGAUUAAAAAAGUUUGUGGCCUGUUUUUUCUCAGUGUGAGGAAUUUGUAAUUGUAUCGGCAGAAACACUCAUUGGGAGUCUCCAGGCUAGAUUUACCUCAGCAGAGUCUUUCCAUUUUUAUUUUUUUUUGGUCUUUCCCCUGUUUCCAUUUCUUGUCUCAUGUAAUAUGGAACUCUGCUGGCUUGUGGGUUAUACCUUGAUUCAACUUGAAGGAGAUAUACAACCCUCUUUCUACCCAUCAUCAAAUGGCACACUGUAAAGAGUGAUUUCGAGGGAGACAGCAGAUCGAACACGGAGUGAUUUUGGAGACUAUGUUUAUCAGAUGAUGUGUUGCAGGCUAGUGAUCUGAAGUAGAAAAGCAUUUUUGACUCUGUACAAAGUCAAUCUCUUCUUCAGACAAAAGGCAUGGAUAACUCCACCACAGGAAAGGUUGCCUGUUGUUUCUUUCUGUGGUCUCAGCCCCUUGAUCAUGCACGUGUGUUCCUGAAGCAUGAUUCUUCCAUACAUUUUUAAGUUGUUAUUGGUGUUAGCAAAGCCCUUGGAAAAAGGAUAUGAUUGUAUUGUGUAUAAUAUAUUAUUGAUUUCAGUUUCUUUUACAGUGCAAUUGUUCAUUCUAAUACUCAUCAUAUAUAAAAAUCAGAAGUUUGUUGGCA